CGUCGUCGUCGGCAUCGUACGCCGGUCGAUGUAAACGUAUUUGCGCAGGCGCAGGCUUUGGUCAUUUCGUUAAUAUAUUGUCAAAAAAGUGGUAGUGUCCAUAAAAGAAAUAUAAUUCAGUUCGUUGAACUAUUUUAACGUUGGAAUGAAGGAAAAUAGGCAGAUGUUUGCAGUCAUCGACAGUGAUGUAUACUUUAUAAAAGAGGAGGAAGUGAAAACACCUUCGGACGUGAUUCCUACGAUCAAUAUCGACAGUAUUGAUAAAGAGGAAGAACGUGUUAAGAAAAAAACAUGGUUAAAAAGUGCGACGCCGGCUAUUGUACAUUAUAUUACAUUGUUCAUUAUAGGCUUAUGUGUAUGGGGAACUCUGUGGAGCGCCUGGGGCGACGGCUGGAGUUUGAACGGCAACUGGUUUCGGAUAGCUAUUGUUGGCGUUGUGGCGUGGGCUAGUGGUCAAGUACUUCAAGGGAUCACAUCCUUACCACCUCUACUCGCUGCUCUUUUUACAGGGAUUAUCGCGAGACAUAUUGGCUUCCUGGAUAUGCGACAUCACGCAGAUAUCGACAUUUUUCUGAGGAAAAUAUAUCCAGUUAUAAUACUAGGCAAAGGGUCUCUAGCUUGGAACGUCAAUUAUAUGAAAAGAAAUUGGCGUCAAAUUAUACUUUUGGGAACUGUUCCUUGGACUACGGAGGUGGUGGUACUUACUGUAUGUGUCCAUUACUUUCUUGGCUUCCCUUGGUUGUGGGGUGUACUUCUAGGGUCAAUCUAUGCAUCUGUCUCGUGUCCAGUGACAAUGCCGUCUGUAAUCAAACACGGGAAGCUCACAAAAGGUGCUGUAGAAUGGCCGCAACUCAUUUGUACCGCCGGAGGGCUAGAUACUGCCCUCAGUGUUGGAGUAUAUGGUAUCACAUAUACAUAUAUAUUCACUAAUGAGGAUAGUGAUGUGUAUCGAUUGGUUAAGGCGGGUCUGACUUUGUUCGUCGGGGCUGCGCUGGGCUUCGUGUGGGGCACGCUCGCCAAAUUGGUACCCGAUUCCCGGGAUUAUUAUGUUACCGAACUACGUGUUCUGUUCGUACUAAUCGGUGGACUUUUCGGGAACUAUUUCACUGGGGCCAUAGGCUGGGGCGGCACUGGUGGGGUAGCGGUGCUGGUGUGUAACGCUACAGCGGCUUCGCAUUGGGUAAAAAAAGGAUGGAAACUUAAUCAAAACCCAGCUGCGACCGUCUAUAGAAUCUUGUGGUCAGGUUUGGAGCCUCUCGUCUUUGCGUAUACGGGAACAUUUUUCGUGAUUCAUCACAGCAUUUCAGAAACAAUGCUAGUGGGGUUAGGAAUCUUAUUUUUAUGUCUGACUAUAAGGCUGCUAAUUGCUUUCAUGAUGUGUUGGAAUUUAAAAUUAAAAGAAAAAUUGUACGUUUGUUGUACCUGGAUACCCAAAUCUGUGGUUGAGGCUGUGCUUUGCCCUUUAGCGAUAAGUACAAUAAAGUUGUCUCAAGGAUCUCAUUCAGAAGAACUGGUGUAUGCUGAAGACCUCAUGCGGCUUGUUGUGCAGGCUAUUAUCAUAACAACUCCUAUAGGCUUUCUGCUGACCGAUAAAUUAGGACCUUUAUUAUUGACAGCAAGCCCAAAAAAUAUUGAACGUGAUCCAAAACACUACAGAAGAAAAUCUAAUUCAGAACCAGUGAAUGAAAUUUAGCUACUUUUUAUUAUAUAAUCUGUGAUCAUGUCGUAUAGCUUUAAUAGUAAUAUAAUAAUAUAGGUUACCUUAAUAAAAUCAAUAUC